ACGGGUGGAUACAGCGAAGACAUGAUCCCCACAGUUGGAUUUAAUAUGAGGAAGGUAACAAAAGGGAAUGUUACUAUAAAGUUGUGGGAUCUUGGAGGUCAACCUAGAUUCCGCAGCAUGUGGGAGCGAUACUGUCGUGCAGUUUCUGCUAUUGUUUAUGUUGUUGAUGCUGCUGAUCCCGAUAACUUGAGCACCUCAAAAAGUGAACUUCAUGAUUUAUUGAGCAAGCCUUCAUUGAGCGGUAUCCCAUUGCUGGUUUUAGGGAAUAAGAUUGACAAACCAGGAGCUUUAUCGAAACAGGCUUUGACUGAUGAAAUGGGGCUGAAAUCGAUCACAGACAGAGAAGUUUGUUGCUUCAUGAUCUCUUGCAAGAACUCAACCAACAUAGAUUCAGUCAUUGACUGGCUUGUAAAGCAUUCAAAAUCAAAGAGCUAAGAUGGGUUGUCUUCUCUAUUCUUCGUUUUCAUGUGUCAUAAUUUAUGAAAGAUUCAUUUAAGGAUUUGUUGGUGAGUGAGAUUCACAUCAUCUAACUUGAUUGUGCUCAUUGUUCCUUAGCUUCCCUACAUUCUCAGCUGUAUCAUAUAGUACUGAGUUACUGAGUUCCAUGUCUAAUUGAGUUGUGAUGUUCUCUCCA